AGCUGGAGCAACAAUAUGGCGGUUGGAAACACUUAGGUUGCUCUUUAUUUCAGUGAAAGUCUUGUUUUAGAUGAACACCAACAUGAUAGUGCCCCAGCCCCAGGGGCAGGUCCAAGGGCAGGAGCCCCCUAUGUACCUGCAGAGACCAUCUUCUGCCAGGUCACAAGAUGUUACCCACAUCCUUGCUAAAACAUUCAGGGAUUUCUUCACAAGAGAAACUGUCAGACCAGAAACAAUUAGAAAUCUGGCAGUUUCCAGAGAAGGUGGAGAUGAAUAUCAUGAAAGAUAUGUUGAGGCAUUGCAAAAGGUUCAUGCUGAGAGAGAAAGACGAAUGGCAGAAGCUACAAUGCUGGAACGGCACAUUAUGCAGGCACAGGCACGUGCUAUGUCUGCAGAUGAGCGCGAGAUGAAUCGAUUGGCAUCAGGUCAUGUUAAUUACCCAGACCUAGGUCUGCCACCAGCCAGGUCCCACUUUAGGUCCUGUAUUGACAGCCAGUUGCUUAGGAAGCAUGGAUUAUUGUGUCCUGAAGAUUUUGCCACAGAGGAACCUCCACCUGUUCCUCCUCCACAGGCACCUAAAAUCCCUAGCUAUGCCAGAGAGACAACCACAUCCCUGCUACACACAGCUCAAGGGAAAGAGGAAGGUGUCAAAAGGCUUAGCCCAAACAUGAUGGAGAGCAGAGAUAACAUCUUAUCAGGCUCAGAUACCGAAGAUGCUGAACAAAUAAAUACACAGAAUGUGUCUCAAUCAAAUGGCUCUCCCAGAAAUGCUGAUUGGAAGGCCCAGCUGGACCCCCUGCAGAGAGAGGUGGACAGAGCUGAUCUGGCUCUACUCCAGGCAAGAGCAGACUAUCUGAAGAACCCUAGGUUUGUUCCCCCAUCAGCACCAGGGGGAGGAAGGACACUAAUUAAACCAAAGAAAAAGAAACCAAAGUCACAAAGACCAUGGCCUAGAUCAGAGGAGCCAAAUCUCGAACCAUCUGUGGUGUUUAUUCCUUCACCUUCUGUAGUCACCUUCUCCAAUUAUCAAGUAGGGCAAGUGUAUGAGACCACAUUGGAACUGAAAAAUGUCACUACAGCUCUGAGGCAGUGCAGAGUUAUUCCACCAAAGUCAUCCUAUUUCUCUGUUGGACUUGGUCAAUUUCCUGGAGAGAAUGGUGUGGUAGCACCUGGUAUGAGCUGUCACUACAACAUCAGGUUUAUACCAGACUCUCUGGGAGACUAUGAUGAUGAACUCACAGUGCAGACACAAUCCUCAGUACCUCUUGUGGUGAAGGUGCAAGCCAGGAGACCUCCCCCUGUGUUAUCAUUGCCAAGUAACAUAGAUGUUGAUCAGUGUCUUGUUGGAGGCUGUAAGAUAAUCCAAAUGCCACUGCAUAACAGUGGAGGUAGUGGCAGGUUCAGUAUUAUGAAAAGAUCUUCCUGGCCAACAACCAACUUCAAGAAUGUCUCUAGCACAGGUAGUGUCCAGGUCCCUCCAUUUGAAAUCCGUCCCUCAGUGUUUGAGUUACACCAUGGUGACACCAUGCUGUUAGAAGUGAUUUUCACUCCUCCUUCAGUCAAGGAAUAUACCCAGUCACUUACUAUAGUCUGUGAUAACUGCCAUGUCCAGCAUUUCACUAUACGUGGUGAGGGCCAGACAGCAGGUGUGGACCUUGUAUCAGUGGAUGGUGGUAAAUCUGAACCACUGCCUGGUGAACUGUGUGAUGUGGCUGCUCAGCACCUUGUCAAAUUUGAAACACUCAAUCCAUUCACUUACACACAGAAGAGAGUCAUCCUUCAAAAUAUCACAAAUGUAGACUUACCUUUCCACUGGAAGAUAGUGAAGCCUCACUUGCGAGCUGUGGACAUAGAGAACCCAGACACUGUGAUUCCUGUGGACAGGGUGAUAGACCUAGACUCUGCUUUCAGUAUAGAGCCACAGAGUGGAAUUCUGCCAGCUGCUAAAGCUGUCCCUUUUAUUCUGACUUUUGCACCUGCUGAGGUGGAUAAGUUCCAUAGUGUGUUCCAUCUGAUACUGCAAGAAAUUCCUGAACCUCCUGAGAUGGAGAAUGGAGAGGAGAAGAAAGAGAAUGUCAGAGAGGCAUCCAACACCUCGGCUAAUGAAGAAGGCAAAGUGAGGGAUAUUACUACAUUAGAAAUGGAAGUGAAAGGUGAAAGUGAGCCAUUCAAAGUGCUGCUGCAGCCAUAUGCCAUCUACAUUUCUGGAAAAUUACUGAUUGGGACUAGCAUUAGAAAACAAUUUCAGUUAGAGAACAACAGCCUAUCAUCAGUAGUGUUCCGAUGGGAGCGAUGUAGUGAUCCACAUAUCCUGCAGGUGGAGCCACCAAUGGGAGAGUUAGGCCCUGGUUGCAUAAUGGACUGUGAGCUAAGUGUAACUGGCACAGCACCAGGCAAGAUUAACCACACUUUGAUGUGCCACAUUGACAACUUAGACCAGCCUGUCCCUCUGCAUAUUGAGGCAGAAAUAAAGGGUCCUGAAGUUGUAUUAGAAAAUGCUGAUGUAAACUUUGGUCUGGUGAGGAUGGGAAUGGAGGCUUCCUGUGAAAUAUUGCUGAGGAACACAUGUCAAGUACCUGCCAAAUGGACACUACAGGAGAGUCCAGACUGCUUGCAGGGAAAGGUCUCUGAAUUCACAUUCAAGCCAUGCAGUGGUGAGUUAAAACCACUGGAGACCAAGAGUGUCCCCGUGACCUUUACACCUAGCAGCUGUAGGUCUGUCAGGACUGUGUUUGAACUCAAGGUGCAGGAGGGCAAUGAGUGUAACAUAUCAGUCAGAGGAGAGGUUCAGUCACCUCAAGCAUGCCUCCUGAACUGCCAGCUAGCCCUAGAUGAAGUCUACGUUGAUAUUCCUAUAACACCAACAGUCAAGCUACUCAACCAGACACAGCUAGCCACUGUGUUUGAAUGGCAUGAGGUUGAGGGAGAGCAUGCAGAGCUGUGCAGUGUUGAGGUGACUCCCAAGUCAGGGGUACUGCAACCAAGGGAAGAGUUAGACAUUACAAUCAACUUCACUGCUCAUAAACAGGGUGAUAUAUCAGAUCUGAGGAUCCCAUGUGUUAUAGGAGGUAUGGAGCAAGCUCUAGGUCUUGCUGUCAAAGCACAUGUCAAAGGUCUAUGUGUCUCCUAUAGAACUGCUGAGGAACCAGAAGAUUUGGGAGAUUAUAGCACCUGCACUGAUGGUCUCAGCUUAAACUAUGGCGAUGAUGUACAACUUGGGGACACACCGAGGAGAUAUGUGUUUAUGAAGAACAACUCAGCCAUUGCUGCUCCCUACUCUAUCCACAUGGAUUAUUUUGUAGCCAGGCCUCCAACGCCACCUACAGAUGGGAAGGAUAAAGGAAAGAUGCCAAAUAAGAGUCAAAGAAGACAGUUGCUUAGCAAGACAACAAAUUUAGCAGAUCCAAGCAGCAAGUCUACCACCAAGGCCCAGGCUGAAUUCUGCCAAGUCAUGCUAAGAGAUGGGAAGGGAGCAGCAUUCAGCAUACAGCCAUCCUCUGGAGUGCUGGAACCUUUCUCAGAACUCAUGAUAGAAAUAACAGCAUUCAAUGACAUGUGGGGGCACUACCAGGACAAACUGGUCUGUAAAGUGGACAAACUGGACAUAGUACAGAUCCCUGUGACCAUGACAGUGGUGGGAUGUCCACUUAUAUUCCAGAUGGCUUCCACUCAGCCUGGUCAAGAUGCUGUGGUGAGGUUUGGCACCCAUGUGUCUGGAGUGCCCCCUAUCAACAGACAGUGCAGGAUCAUGAACAGCAGCCCAUAUGAUAUCCGUGUUGACUGGCAAUUGUUCAACAUUGAUGAAAAUGAUCGUCAGAUUCUGGACUUUGUGGUGACCAUAGGGGAUGGCUUCCCUCUCAGAGAUGAACAUGGGAAUGAAAUCAAGAAAAAGAAAGGCCCUCCUGCUGCAUUAGUGAAGCGUGUUCCAACAGACAUGAUCCCUGAGACCCCUGACACCUCACCAUAUCCCAGCAGGGAAGUGUCCUCCACAGACACACAGGCUACUGAGGAGAAGAAGGAAGCAGAGGCAGAAGAGAAGGAAAAACUUGUUAAAGUCACCAUGAGAAUGCAUGAGGGACGAAUGGGAAACAGUCCUUUCUCUAUUGUUCCUGCACAGAUGAUUAUUCCUGCAAAGGGGACAUCAGUGAUCACUGCCAGAUUCACACCCUUUGCCAACACAGAUGUGGAAAGUGGCAUCAGUCUGGCAGGAUAUGCUUUGGCUUACAUGAGUCUGGAUGAGGUGGCAUCAAACAUACCAGGCAAAGUGAAAAGAGUUGCAGGUUAUGAGAUGGUUCCUUUGAGACUGGACUUGUCUUCACAUGUCAAACCUGCUCUUUUGACAAUAGAAUGCACAGAGGAUGAAGGUAUGAGGUACAGGACAGCUGCCAGUGAUCUGUUGAAAGAUGGAAAGGUUGGCAAGGAAAGUCUCCGUGUUUGCAGUUGCAACUUGUCUAACUAUACUGGUACUCCCCUUACCUUCAAACUACUGACCAGAAGACCAUUCACCUUGGUGGACAUUGACCCUGCUGCAGAUGGUCACCUUGGUAGUGGACAGGUGCAGGAGUCUGAGAUGUGUACCCUCAGACCACAACAUAAUUUGUUGGUGAAAGUUGGUUUCCGUGUGAGCCUGGACCUAAUUAACUAUGCAGAUAUAUUGGAGCCAGACCAGGAGAAGGAUGGGAUCACUCUGAUUGUCCAUGAAGGAGAGAGAAAAUUACACUUCAGAUAUGACAUGGUGGCAGAGUUUAAUAAUGGCACCACUCAGAAACUACCUUUGUAUGCGACUCUAACUGUACCAUCCCUGAUGUUGUCAAAGGAGAGCGUUGACUUUGGUACUUGUCUUGUUGGUCAGCAGAGAGAGUUGGAAUUGAUCCUCAGUAACAAGACAGGCUCUGCUAGCUUCUGGACUGCCAUCAUAGAGAGCAAAUCAGACACUUGCACAGCUGACACAUUCCGUAUUACUCCAGCCAGUGGUGUGUUAGAUGCCCAUAUAACACAUAUAUCUAACAGUAAAGUCCUUCUUAAGCUGCAUUUUAUUGCAAAGCAUAAUGAAGACUAUGAAGCAGUGUUUCUGGUGCAAGGCAUGCUGGGUGAAGAACCAAGAAGGUUAUAUGUCAAAGGUCAAGGGUCAUAUGAUGAGAGGCAUGAGGCAUUAGUUAAUGUAUAAGAUGAUGAACAAAGAUAUUUUAUCUUAGUAAAGCAUCCAUGUUUGAUUAAAGUGAAAUACACUAUGAGAAAUAUGUGAGUGGCAAACACUGUGACAUUUCUGGACUAUGACACUGACCCUGGAAAAAUAUCAGAAGAUAUCAGUUAUCUUCAAUAAUAGCUAAUUUACCUAAUUGUGUAUAUGUAUAAAUAUAUAUAUUACAUUUGUUUUAACAUAAUUA